AUGCCUCGGGGUCAGAAGAGCAAGCUUCGUACCCGUGAGAGACGCCGCCAGGCCCAAGUUGAACCCCAGAAUCUGGUAGGUGCUCAGGCCAUUGUGGGAGUAGGAGAAGAGUUCCCUUCCUCUUUUUCCUCUUGCAAAGCUAUUUCAUAAAGCUCACUUAUUGCUUGGUCAUAUUGCAAUCCACAGGGUGUUGAGAGAGCCACAAGUACUUCAUCCACUGAGUCCAUCAGAGGCUGUAUAGAUGAUAAGGUGCUUAUAAUGGUGUAUUACCUGCUGUAUAAGUAUAACGUGAAAGAGCCUAUUAGCAAGGUGGAAAUGCUGAGAGAAGUAAUCCAGAUGUAUAAGAAUCACUACCUUGAGAUCCUCCAGAGAGCUGCUGAGCACAUGGAGAUGAUCUUUGGCCUUGACCUGAAGGAAGUGGAUCCCUACCGGCACAUCUACAUCCUUGUCGACAAAAUGGAAGCAAGCUGCGAUGCAAGGCUGAGAGAUCGGAUUGAGAUUCCCAAGACAGGCCUGCUGAUGGCUGUUCUGGGUGUGAUCUUCAUGCAGGGCAAUUGUGCUAGUGAGGAGCAAGUUUGGGAAGUCCUGAAUGUGAUGGGGUUAUACAAGGGGAGGAAGCACUUCAUUUUUGGGGAUCCUAAGAAGGUCAUUACCAAAGAUUUAGUGCAGGAGAAGUACCUAGAGUACCGCCAGGUGUUCAAUAGUGAUCCUCCAUGCUAUGAGUUCCUGUGGGGCUCUAGAGCCCAUGCUGAAACCACCAAGAUGAAAGUGCUAGAAUUUAUGGCUAAGAUCCAUAAUAUGGUCCCCACUGCCUUCCCAUCCUUGUAUGAGGAGGCUUUGAGAGAUGAGGAAGAGAGAGCCCAAGCUAGAGCUUCAGCCAAGGCUCGUAUUGCUGCCCGGGCCAGGGCCCGCUCCAGUGCCUUAGCCAGCAGUUCCUCCCACUCCAAAAGAGUCUGA